AUUUAUCAAAAAAAAAUAUAUAACGUUUUCUAUAUCAAUGCUGCUCUAUGGGUAUUAUAUUUGCAAUUUGACGUUAUCAUCUAAUUACUGAUAAUAACACUUGAAGUAAUAACAUUAUUAUUUUAUCAUAUUGUAUGACUACAAGUUGAUAGGUAGUAGGUACUUUAAAAUGUACACAUCAUUAGAAUUUUCUUAUUUUUCUUAUACUAUCUUCGAUUUUUUUUAAAGAUUUUCAAUGAUUAUUGUAUUUAACAAUAAUACAGUACUACGUUGUUAUUGCUUUCAGUUUUUCAAAAUGUCUAAUAACCCUUUUAUAUAGCAGACUGCCGUUUCAAAAUAAAUUAUGAGUUGGUUUAAUCAGUUUGAUGCAUCUGGGUUUGCAACUCUUGCGAAAACAGCAUUGAAAGAAGCACAAAAGACAAUUGAUAAAGCUUUAGACAUAAAAGAUGAAGAUGAUGUUGAUGAAGUCCCAGAUGAAUCCGAAGUUCCAAAAGAUACUGAUGAUCUUGAUUCACAGCAAAAGAUUUCUAAACUAGGCACAAGCCUCUGGAGUUCAUUUACCAACUCUGUGUUUGAAAGUCCAGACGAAGUGGCCGAUAAACAAAAUGGUAUUUUAUUUAAUAUCUUCUAAUUUAAAUCGUUUUUGAAAUAUCUAAAAUGAAAAUAAAUAUUCUUAAAAAUAUUAUAAAAAUAUAAAUAUCUUAAAAUUAUUAAAAAUAACCUAAUAAAUAUUUGUAUUAUGAAUAUAUCAUGAUAUUUUAAAUAUUAUUCAAAUAUUUAUUAUUUAGACAAUCUAAAAUACAUACCUGGGUAUUUAAUUAUAUGUUUUUUUUUUCAAUAUACAUUUAUUUUUUCUUGCAUGUAUUGUAUACCUACACCGUUGUAUGUAUAGUGAUUUUUAAAUUAAUAUAUUUAAAUUUGUUUAGAAAUGAGACAGAGCAUGUCAUUAGAUUUAUCCAAGGUAUCUGCGGAAAAUGAUUUGAUUGUGGCAAAUCAACCUGUUAGGUCUACAGGACAAUCCCCAACAUUGAGGGAUGAACAAUUUAAUGUUAUUGAAAUUGAUUCAGAAUCAAACACUGAUGUAAUUCGGAGGAAUCGACAAACAAAUUUUAACAAUACCAAUCGUCUAUCUGCUGUCAGUUGUGAUAGUGAUAGAAAGUCUACAAUAUCUACAGAUAGCAUUGAAGUACUUGGUUCAACAUCAACUACUACACCUGAGUCAUCUGUAGAAGUCAUUACAUCUAGUUCUGUAGAAGUAUUGGCUGUUGUCACAGAACCAAAUAGGUUAUUAUUUUUUUAAUCUUUUAAUAUUUACACAUCCAUUUAAUUAAAACAUAUUAAGUAAAGGGUGAAAGUCAAUAUUUAUAAUUACACUCAAAUAUCAGUUUUUAAUUUUUAUUAUUGAUUCAAAUAAAUUGUUGUAAAUGUACUUUUUUUAAUUGUCAUUAAAAAUAAAACAUGUUAAUGACUCACCAUCAAAUUAAAAAUUUUUUACUCAAUAAAUUAAUUGAAUGAAAACAAAAUAAUAUUAGACACAAUUUUGUAAGUAACUAAAUAGCUAAAUCCAAUUCUUAUCUAUAGUUUAAAUAUAACUAUUAAUGCUAAUACCUAUAUUAUGAUUGAACUUUAAGGUACAUCUAUUAUUUUAUUUUAAAACACACACACAUAUAUAUGAUAUUAACUGUGAAGAAAAAUAAAAAAAAUUAAAUGCAGUAUUAAUAAUUAUUUCAAAUUUAUUUAUUUUUAUUAAGUUUUGGUUAAAUUCAAUUGUUUGUGAUCAUUUUUAGUAAAUUAUGUAUUAUGUUUCAAAUAUUGUGUACUUCAAUUAAUUAUGAUGCAUAUUACUUUUAUUUUAUGUGUACAUAAUUUUUUAGGGGAAAUGAUAAACAAUAUUCUCCAGAUACUAUAGAACCAAUUCCAGAAUUAAUUGAGGAUGAAGAUAGCCUUACCUGCUCAAUAUCAGAUAACACAACUUGUAUGGCCAAUGAAGAUACUUUAAUACCACACCAUGGAGGAAUGUUAAUGCUUAAGUCUACAACAUCAUCAUUAGAUAUUUCUUUUACUGAAUUAUCAUCGCCUCAUGAGGUAAAUUUCCUAAAUAAUACUUUUUUGAUAAUAUUUAUGUUAAGUAAUAAUUUAUUUUAUACUCAAAUUUAGAAUUCUGGAGCCUUAGAUAUAUUAGAAGAAGAGUCUGUCGAAACAAAUUCGAACAGAAAUAGUAUUUUAUUACAAACUAAAUGUUUGGAACCUUUAGAAAAUUUCCAAAAUAGUACAGCCAUUAUAAAUACAUUAGGUACCAAUAACACGUCAGUAGAUUCUUUAAAGGUAUCUGAUACUACUUUAGAAAGCAGCAGUUGUGAUGAUGGUAAAUAUUAAUUUAUGAUGUUUGUUUUCAAAUUUAUUAACAGAAUAAACUAUUUCUUAUGUAAUUAAAUAAAUUUGUAUAGAUAAUGUAAUUUAUUAUUAUUAUUUAUUUGUAAAUAUUAAUUUAAAUUGAUGUAGAAACUAUGGUUGGUAGUACAGUGGAUAUUACCGUUAUGGAUGAAGAACGUGAAUCAUCUCCUCAAGCUUCUACGGAUAAGUAAGUUAAUUAUUACUUGGUUGACUAUUUAUAUUUAAAUACAUGUCUACACAGUUAAAUUUUUAAUUAAUUGUAGCAUACAAGAUUAAGAUAAUAUUCAAAAUGUUUGUAUAUUUUUGGUUCCUAUUAUUACAUUGAAGUAGAAAAUCAAAAAAUUAUAUACAUCAAUUGAAAUUUAAAUGUUUGAUGUUAAGUUAACUGUUUCUACUCUAAUGGCAACAUUUUUAAAAUUAUCUAAAAUGUUUAGUUAAAUUCAAAAUUAUAAUUUCUAUAUUAAUUAUAAACAUUUUAGUUUUAUUGUUAUCAUUUCAAUAACAUAACCGAUAUGAUUAAACAUUUAAUUUAAUCUUUAAUUAUCAACGUAUAAAUGUAACACUUACUGAUAUACAGUGUCCUAGUGUUAUCUGAAUACUAAUAACUGUUAAUAUUCAUAUUUUUCUUUUACUUUUGAUUUUCAAUCGGGUUUUGUAACACGGGGACACAAAUUUAGAGGAAAAUUUAAUUUUUGUUUUAAUACCUUAUUCAUUGAAAGAAAAAUAACUGUUCACUUUUUAAAAUGUUCAAAAUGGCCAAUUUGUAAAAUAUAUUAUUCUAAAAAUUUGAAUGUAAUAUAUACAUUUGUAUCCAUUCAAUAGGUUCUAAGUAAUGGCCAUCUUUUAAUGUCUAGAUCAAGGAUUACCAUCCCAAAUGGGCCACUUUGGAAAUACAUUAUAAGCUCACAGGCCACAUACUAAAUUACAUAUUUUAGAUUUGAGCAAAAAAAAAAAAAAAGUUUUGAUGUAUUAAUUAAAAUAAACAGCAUGAAUUAUUAUUAUUUUUAUUAUCACUCAUAAUUUAUAAACAUAGAUAAUAAUAUGAUAAUUUUAAUUUAUUGGGAUAUUUGUUCCUCAACUCGUUCACUAAGCUUUUGCAAAUCUAUAUCAAUGCUUGUAUUUGCACAUCGUAAAUCGUGAAGUUUUAGGUUUUUAUCUGUUAGGUUUGAGCGUGAUUAAUUUUUGGCAAAUUUGAUUUUCAUAAAAAAUGAUUCACAGGUGUAAGUCAAUCCAAAAUCACUCACAACUUGUGCCAGAUUUCUCAAAUUGGAAAAUUUUUCUUUUAUUAUAAUAAUGUUAUAGAAAUCUAUUUUAGAUUUUAAUGUUUCAAAAAUGUGUUUUAAUUCAUUAUUACAUUGUAAAUCAAUGAGUUCAAUUUGAAGAUAUUCUGGGGUUGACUUGACAUCAGUUUGAAAAGGAGAUGAAUAUAUUUCAAAUAUUAUUUUGUAUUUGUCUAAAUUGGUGAAACAACUCUCAAAAGCAGAUAUAAGUUUCCUUAUUUCUUUUGCAUAUUUAAUGUAUUCUAUAUGUUUUGAAUUUUUCAAUUCGUUUAGCAAUGGAAAGUGUUAAACGUUUUUAUUUUUAAAUUGAGAUUCAAAUAACAAUAAUUUCUUCUGAAAUGCAUUGUUGUGAUUAAAUGAGUCAAUUAUUAAAUUAUCUUUUCCCUGUAAUGAUAUAUUUAAUUGAUUGAGUUUUUCGACAAUAUCCACUAAAAAGCAUAAAUCUAAUAACCAUUCAUCAUUACUUAAUUCUAAUACUGGUUUUUGCUAAUCAUUCAUAAACAAGCCAAUUUUAUUAUGCGACUCAUAAAGUCGCUGUAAAAUUUUUCCACGACUUAACAUCUGACAUGACUGAAAUAUACUAUGUCACCAUAUUCUGAAUCCAAUUCUUUCAGGAACUUCUUAAAUUUUCGGUGUGGAAGUGCAUGUGAUCGAAUGUAAUUCACUGUUUUUAUAACUAUUUGCAUAUUAUGGUUCAUUGAUAAUACUUGGGAACAUAGAUUUUGUUGAUGAAUCAAACAGUGAUUGUAAAUAAAUCAUCUAUUUUCUAGCAAUUAUUAGUUUUGUUGGUAGAUUCUAUUUUAUCAUCGAUCAGUAAUUUUAUAGCUCUUUUGUCUUUACCAACCAUAGCAGAUGCAUCAUCAGUUGAUAUUCCAUGGGUUGACCACCCCUGGUCUAGAUUAAUAUCUAGAGAAAGGUGUGAAAAACAAGACUACCAUGUUAUAUGAUAGUGAAUUAUAGUCAUAAUACAAGGUAAUUGUUAGAAAUUAUAAUGGCUAUUACUAAGAAAUUAUUGAUUGGAUGUGAAUGUAUAAUAAAUUCAAAUUUUUAAAAUAAUAUAUUUUACAAAAUGGUCAUUUUGAAAAUUUUAAAAAGUUAUAUUUUUUUCAGUGAAUAAGGAAUGAAAAUUGUAUUAUUCUCUACAUUUGUAGAGAAUAAUAAGUAAUAAUAAUAGUAGUAAUAAUAAAUAGUUUAUUUGUGUCUCCUUAUACAAUACAAGAAUGAAAAAAAAAAAUUCAAUGUUGAGUUUUUAGCUUUUGUUAUUAUUUAUGAUUAAUUAGUGUUCACUUAAACAUCCUUUUGAGAAUUUCUUCACCAAAAAUUAAACCGUUGGAAGUUAUUUAAAUUUAAAAAUCACAUUAACUUUUACUUUAUUUAUUUUAUUAUCAUGACAUGUUAUUAUUAUAAUAACUGUUAAAUGAAUAUACUAAACAGUGAUGAAUUUAAAAAUAAAUAAAUUUGAUAUGAUUAUAAACUCUUGUUUAAAUAAAAUAAGGUGUAUUCUAAUUGUGGCCCGUGAAAAGAUGUAUUUAUUUUUUUUUGACCUUGACAUCAAAGUUGUCGAACCCGGGUUUAUUUGGUCAAAACAUUUAAUUUUAUAAUAUUUAAAUUAAAAAUAUUAAAAAUUAAUAUUAUUCCAAAAUUUAAUCUUAAGUCAUUCAGAUUUCGUAAAAAUUGGUUCAAGUGGUACAAAUUCAUGUGAUGAACUUGAAACAUGGACUUCAUCUGAUAUUGAAGUUAUAUCUAGUCCUGCUACUAAUGAAGAUAGUGAAAGCAAUGCUUCUCAUCGACAUAGCCCAGUAAAAUAUCAUUCAUACCAUAUGCCAUAUAUUUUAUCAGGUAAAACACUAAACUUAUUCAUAAUGUUAAACUCUUACAAAUAAUAUCAUAUUAAAACAAAUUAAUUUUAAAUUUGGAAUUCUGACUAACUAUUAAAUUUGAUUUACAAUACUCUUCAAAAACUAUUAGGUACAUAUAUAUUUAACAAGUACACCAAUCUAUAUGAUUGUGAAAUAUAAGUAUAUUACUAUGUUUAAUAAUGGUAAUUUUUAUUUUAUAGGACAACAACCUGGACCAAAAGACUUUGAAGAUCUUCAAAAAGUAUUUAAAUUAAAAUAACACAUGUCUAGUUUAACUAAAUUAAUUAACUAUACAUUUGCAGAAAAUUGUUGAAUUGAGUUCUAUAGUUAAGGCCAGAGAAUCAAAAUUAAUUGAUUUAAGUAAAAAGAAUGCUGAAUUAGCAGCCAAUAAUUCAGAAAUAAAAAGGUAAUGAUUGAUAACUUUUAGUACCGAGUGAAGCUAAAAGCUAUUCGUUUUACAAUAAUUAUUUAACAUGAAAGAGCGAUUAAUAGUCAAAACAGAUAAGAUAAUAGAUGGUAAAAUUAUCCAUUUUUAUUAUAAUCUUGAUUUUUGGGGAUAAAAUUAUUCUUUCUCAAAAUUGUUUUCAAUGAUUCAAUAUUUUGAAUUGAUUAAUAGCUAUAUCUAAAGUUAUAUAAUGAUAAGUAAAGUCAGAUUUAAUCAACAUUUAGUCUUUCUGUACUAAGUUUUAAGAAAAAAAACUAUUUUCUUAUUAAAAUACAAUUUGUUUUAGUCAAUUAGAUUAUUUAAGUUCGAGUCAUUUAAAUGAAGAAUAUACUCAACGAUUAGCUACAAUGGAAAAAAAAUUUCAACAAGCUAUUAGAGAAAAAGACCAACUACAAAAAAACUUGGAUGUAAGAAUUUAAUAAUUAAUACGAAGUACUAUAACUUAUUAAUUAAAUUGAAAUGUAUUCUUUCUUGAUUAGCAAAAUAAAAAUGUAGCACAAUUUAAAAUUCUAAUUGAAGAUAAAGAUUCUCUUAUUAAAGAAUUAAGAGAUGAAGGUGAAAAAUUAAGUAAACAACAUCUUACAUUAAAUAACAUAAUUAAAAAAUUACGUGUAGCUGAAAAAGAAUCAACAAAAACUAUAAAUAAAUAUAAGUUAGUACCCCUUGUAUUAUUAAAUUUAAAUAGAUGUUUUUCAAAAUCAAUAAAUAUUUUUGUUUUUUUAGAGACCAACAAGAAAAAUUAUCAUUAGAAUUAGAACGAAUAAAAAAGUCAUUAGUAGCAAAAGAAGAGAUGGAAAGAAGUCAAAUUGAAGCCAUUCAUCAGUUAACAAAAUCAAAUCAAAAUUUUGAAAAAGAAAAUAUUAAUUUAACAAGUCAAGUUGAUAACUUAACAUCAACAUUGAUAUCACUUCAAAAGUAGUUAUAAAUAAAAAUUGUACAACCUUUUUCUGAUAAUUCCAACAUUAGUUUAAUAAUAAAUAAUAGUUAUUUGAAUAUGUUAAUUAUUUUUCUUAUUAAAUUAUUUGAGUUCUCGUUUAAUAAUUUUCAUAAAUAAUAUUAUUGUUGAAUAGAAACAUUCAAGAUAAAGAAACAUCUAUGCUAGAAUUACAGAAAAACUCUAAUGAACUUAGAUUAAUAGAAAAAGAUAAACAAGAUUUAGAUGAAAAAUUAGCAAAUAAAAAUAAACACUGUGCAGAAUUGGAAAUUGUAAUAAAUAAUUUGAAGACAAAUCUCUGUAAGGUUGAAGAAAAUAAUCGUGUGUAAGUGUUAAGUAUUUAAUAUGAAUUUAAUUUUGUUAUAUAAUAGCAACUAUUAAAAAUUAGUGAACAUUUUUGCUAUUAGGCUAGACAGCAGAUUAAUCUUUGUUUGAUAACUAAAUUAUUGUCUGUGUCAUUAACUUUUUCUAAGGAUCUUUUGACUUUCAAAUUUACUUAAAUAGUUAAAAUUAAAAUUAAAUUGUUUAAUAAUCAUUGUUAUUUUGCAUGACAUAGAUUGGUGAAUGAAUUAAAACAAGAAAAUCUUUCACUGAUUAGAAGAUUAGAAGAAUCUGAGAGAAAAAGAGAACAUUCUUUACAAGGAACUUUAAAAGCUACUCAGCCUUUGGUAAAAGAACUUGAAGAGAAAUCAGUCUUAUUGAAAACAUUAGAAAGUGAUUUUGAUAAACAAGAACAGUUAUAUCUUAAAACUAUAAGUAAACACUGCUAUUAUAUUUAAUUAAAUUUUAAUACAUUUUGUUAUAAUUUUUAAAUGAGAUAUAUUUUAUUAUAAUUUUUAAACGUUGGAUUAUCUAGAUGAGCUGCAAGCGUCAUUAAAUAAUGCUGAACAUACAAUGAAAUUAAUGGACUCUAAAAUAAAUGAGUCUAAUACUUUUGGAAAAAAAUGCAGAGAGCAAAUUAACUAUCUGUUAGAAAAUGAAAGUAAUUUAAAAAUUAAAUUUGAAAAUUUAAAAGAAGAGAAUGCAGUAUUAAAAUUAAACUCAAAUAUGUUUGUAUUAGUUAUAAUAAUAAGUUUUAGGUUACACAGAUAUUUAAAUAAUAAUUAUGUUUAAUAUUUGCCAUUUUAGUCUGGUAAAACUUGAAAAUGAACUUGCUGGAAAUAAAAAAUUACUAGCUGAUGCCACAUUAAGAAUUAAUACUCUGGAAAAUGAAUUAAAAUUUGAAAAAGAUAAAUUAAAUAUUGAAAGUGAAAAAAGAAAAAAAUUGCAAGUAUGUUAAUUAACAAUUAUGUAUUCAUUAAAUUGUAUAAGUUGUUUAUGAUAAUAAAUUUGAACAUUUGAAAAUUUGAAAAUUGUAUAUUUAAAUCAUUUUCAGAAUGAUAUUCAUUCUCACCAGCUUAAUACAUCUCAUCAAUCAUCUCCCACUACGAGUGUAGGGGUUCCCUCUGUAGAAGAAUCUUCAUUUUGGCCUUCAGUAUGAUAUUUGAUUUAAUAUGAAAACAAUUUUGAUAACUAUCUAUAAUAAAACUAUUUAAAUUUCAGUUUGCUGAUGAUGAUAGGAGUUCAGUAACAGAAAGAGCUGGCAGUAUUUAUGAUCCAAUGAGAACAUCAUUUAGUAACACCACUACAGUUUUAGAAAAUUUACAGUCACAAAUCAAACUGAAAGAAGGUUUUAACUAUACUUAGGUUUUAUUUUUAAAUAAUCAAGUUUCACUUUACAUUUUAUCUUCAGGAGAAGCUCUUCAAUUACAAUGGGAAUUAUCACGAAGAGAUCACGAAAGGGACCAAUUGACAACUGAAUUAGCUGCUCUUACAGCUAAAGUAGAUGAACAAUCCAUAUCAUUAACUGAACUUACUGACCUACAAAAAAGAUAUGAUGCAUUGUUACAAUUGUAUGGCGAAAAACUUGAAGAGAGUGAGGAAUUAAAACUUGAUCUUCAAGAUGUUAAAGAUAUGUAUAAAGCUCAGGUAAUUCAAAAGUAUAUUUAUAUUUGUUGAAUACAUGUCAGUUGAUUGCACGGCAAUUUAUUGAAAACAAUUAAUCAAAAUACACUAUAUAUAAAUGUCAAUUGAUUGAAUGACUUUUGAUUGAUAAUAGGUUAUUAAAAAUUACUCAAAAAAUAUUAUAUGUUAUGAAACGGAACUUAAAUCCAUCCAAUAUAUCCAUUUAUUUAUAUUGGAUAAGUCAUUGCAGUGUGUAAUGUGUUUAAUUUUUAAUUAUGAUAUGGUUUUCAUAAAACAAAAAUUGAAAAAGAUCAAAAUAAGUUGGUAUAAUUAUGAUAAAUUUUAAUACACAAAUUAUAUGUGUACAUAGUAUAUACGAUCUGACAAUAUAAAGUUUUAGUUGUAAACCGGCGACAUAAAUUAGGUAACCUUAACCCUGAAUAUCCGGCUCAAAAUUUAGCGACUCUGUAUACAGCAUAUGAUUGGCCUGUUUGACACUGGACCUAGAACAGUAGAGCAUGUUCUACCAAGCUUAUCAACCUAUUUUAUCGAACACCACAUUGCAAAAAAUAUAUACUAUCUAAAGUGAUAUAAACAGUGCUUUUGAAAAAUUCAAUUCUUUUUUCAAUCAAUAUUUUUGAUGAUUUGUCGUUUGCAAUUAAUUGAUGGGAUACCAUAUCUUCCACCGAUUUAAUAACUUCACAAAAUAUUUUAUUAUUGUUUUAUAAUUCACAGAUUGAUGAACUACUUAAAAGAGAUAAAACGGGAUAAAAUAAUAAAUGUCAUUUUUUGUUUUAUCUACCACUUUACAAUAUAAGAUUUGUAUUCUUUAAUCAAUAUUUUUAUAUAUUUUUUUUUUUGAAAAAAAUGUUUAAAAUAAAACAACAUAAAUAUCCUUGAUCUUUAUUUUCCAUAACCAAUUCAAUUUUAUACCAUCACAAAUUUAUUAAAUCUUAAUUUAUAAAAUCUACUCCCUGAUAUUAUUGUUAACUAAUUUUAUUUAUUAUUAUUCUCUUUUUAUUUUUAUGUGUUAAUGGUAUUUUUAAAUUUUAUAAAUCUAGUGCAAUUUAUUCUUAAUAAUAGUAUUUGAUAUUAUUUAUUAUUGUAUCUUAUAUCUGUG